AUAGCCUAGCUCUACAAUUUAAAUUUGACAAUCUCCAGGAUGUGAAACAAAUGUGAAAUUCGUACAAUUGUAUAAUUUAAAAAAUUUCAAAAAUUUCAUCAGCAGCCAUAGCAAUGCCUCGUGAUUCUGUGCAGGAAACCUUCAAUCGGCUGACGGAGCUGCCAGGUGUGAUGGGUGCUAUUCUGGUGGACGGGUCAGGUACUGUCCUGCGGAGCAACGUUAACGAGUCGGCCAGUCAGGUGUACGCCAACCGGUUGGUUCAACUGGUGACGAUGAGCCGCGAUCUGGUCCGUGAUGUGGAGCCCAGCGACGACCUCGCCUACGUUCGUUUGCGGACACGCAAACAGGAGCUGAUGGUGGCCACCGAAAGCCAGCACACGAUCAUCGUCAUCCAGGAUGUCCAGUCCCUGGACCAGACUCGACGGAGCACUUCCGCUUCGGCACGCAACAGUACAGCUUACGAUCGUGGUAGUGUCAGUUGAGAUGGUGGAGGCGACAGGACACCCAGAAGGACGUAAAAAAGUGCGCAGUUGCACGUCAUGUGGGCAGCAUAAACAAAAUGACAUAAACAAGCUGCGCCAGCGGGGCAUCCGGAUGAGAAGUCCUUGCACGGACGCGCUUACAAAUCCCGAGCACAGAAGUGAAAUUGUAAACCGAACAGGGGCAUCGCUAAAAAAAUAAGCCAAAAUAAAAUUCACAUCCAGGAGGGCAA